UAGUAGUAUGGCUGAACGUGAGCUGGUCAGUCUUAGAAGCAAUGGCCGAAGACGAGGUGCUGGCCGUCACGGCUCGCAACACUAAGGGCUCGUCGGAGCCGGUGCUGCUGAGGGAUCUGGUCUUCAGGGACGCUGCUAAGAGGACUGAAAGCACCACGCUCGCUGGCAGCAAGUUCCCCGCAGCGGCAGCGUUGGCUGGCGUCGCCGCCAUGCUGACGGCGGCUGGGGCCAUAAUCGCCCUGGUGUUGAGAAGGCGCAACGACACGACAACAACAAGCAAGAGGCCGUCGCAGAGCGUGGUGCAAGUGGACGCACAGGGCCGGAGGUACCUCAUAGCAUACCCCGCGCCCGCGGACAAGCUGGAAACCAAACCUGAUAUCCUCAACCCUAAGUCUGAUAACGAGCCUCCUCGAGUGGUGUUAGAGUCGACGGACAACAAAAGCUACACCAUAAGAGAGGCGAACAAGGAGGGCGCCUCCUAUAGCUCUCCUCCGACUGACGACGAAAUGAUGCCUCAGAGAUAACAGAAGGACGAGACACAACGACCACUGUAAAUAUAACUAAACUAUACGGUAGGGGUACAGGUUGAUUGUUUUAGAUGCCAUAUUUAUUUACGCGAAAAUUUACAAAGUAAGAGUACAUACAGGUGGUAAGUAUGACGCACCAUACAUUUGACCCGCAUUCCUGCAUUGUAUUAGCCAGAGCCGUCUUUCUUCGUUAUUCUUUAAGUUUAUUUAAAGAUACCUUGUUCAAAAGCGUCUUUUUGGCUCAAAGACACACAUGUUGAUAUUCUAGUUCGAUUUCUUAUUAUCAAUUUUGUAUAAAAUUGGAUUUUAUAAUCUUUAUUACAACAGCAACAUUAAGAAUGUUUCAUCGUUUCAUACUUCGGCCAAUCCUUGCGUAACCAAAAGUGGUUCAAACACGUACGUAAAUAUGGCAUGAUUAUAAAUCAACCUCUUAUGCAGUAGGUUCUCUUACGACUGGGUGCAAAAAUUGUUAAGAAAAGUUAAUCAAAUUAUUAAGUUUUACAC